GUUCGGCAGUGAAAGAGCUCAGGCAGUCAGUUCAGAGCCACUGUGAUCUUUCCCUUGCCGUCUCGCCGCCCUUGUCCCGGCGGUGCCUUGGUGGUUCCGCCGCACCGUUCUAUGUUGCCAUGGAUGAAUGUCCACUGUCACUCCCUGGAAAUUCACCUUCUAUGCCAAAUGUACAAGCCCCUCAAUCCCAAUAUGAUUCUAUUGAGGCUGAUGGCCAAUCUGAAAUUGUUAAUGUUCCAAUUGAUGUGGAGGAUGACGAGGAUGACGAAGAUUACAACUUGAGUGAUUUUUCUGAAUCUGAUGAUGAUAUAAAUGAAGAUUUUGGUAUGGAGGAUGAUGAAAUCAAUAGAGCAAUUGGGGGCAAGCAGCUUGAGGGAGUUUGGAAUGGUGAAGGAGACUCAGAUCAUGGGGAUAGUGAUGAGUUAAGGAGUGCAGAAGGGUCAUCUGAUGAUGAAGGGAAUUCAAGGCCUAGGUUCCCUGAGUUUAACCAGCGCAUUGGCAUGGAGAAUGUACAACUAAUGAAGGAUCAAAAAUUUGCAUCACAUGUAGUCUUCAAGGAGGCACUAAAGGAGUGGUGUAUUAAAGAAAAACAUGAUUUUGAGUAUAAGCACAAUGAUAAGUGGAGAGUGACAGCUGUAUGUAAAAAAAAAUGUGGUUGGAAGAUACAUGCAUCCCAAACACAAAUGGGAGAUGCCUUUCAAAUCAAAAGUUUUAAGAGCAUACAUACGUGUGGCAAGGAUCAUAAGAAUAGUAAGAUUUCUUCAAGGUGGCUAGCCAAUAAAUAUUUGCCAUUCUUUAGAGAUGAUCAUACUUGGACAGCAAAUGCAUUGAAGGGUGCAGUGUUUAGGGACCAUGAAGUUGAUGUGACUUUGGACCAAUGUUACAAGGCUAAGAGAAUGGCCUUCAAGAUGAUACAUGGUGCUGAGGAGAAGCAAUAUGAGAGACUUUGGGACUAUGCAGCUGCUAUUAGGAAGUGGAAUGUGGGUAGCACAGUGAAGAUACAAACUGCAAAUGAUGUGUUUGAGAGAAUGUAUGUUUGUCUUGAUGCUUGUAAAAGGGGAUUCUUAGCAGGUUGUAGGCCACUUAUUGGGAUAGAUGGUUGUCAUUUGAAGGGGACAACAGGAGGACAGUUGCUGGUUGUUGUUGGGAAGGAUGGGAAUGAUAAUAUCUUCCCAAUCGCUUAUGCUAUCGUUGAAAUUGAGAAUAAAAGCUCUUGGACUUGGUUUCUACAAUGUCUAUUGGAUGACAUCGGACAUGUGGAUGAGAAUGGAUGGGUUUUUAUCUCAGACCGACAGAAGGCAAGAAACAAUUAA